AUGGAGAGUCUCCAAGCAUCCAGACAAUCCACUCAAGCUAAAACUCUGGAAACGCCCCAAAGAAGCAUCUCCCUCUUAAGGUACUUUGUACUCUGGGCAGUCUUCCAGGAAAUUACCUUAGCCAAUCCACACCAUCUGGUUAACAUGACCUGGAUAGUCUACAACCCUGAGAUGGGAGAAAUACUCAAUUCGACCAAUGUGGCCCCCAAAGGGACAUGGUGGUCCGUAUUGACUGUCGAUUUGUGCAUCCUGGCAGCUGAUAAUAAUGGCUUCCAUGGCCCCAGCCAACUGAGUGACUUCGUAGGGAGCCCUCAGUUCGGUCCCUUUGGCCUUUUUGAUUGGGCCUUCCAGGGAGACACACCGUGCACAAAACCAGUAUGUCUGCCCAGGUGGGGGGAGGGAUCAGAACCAAAUUGCAAACUGUGGGGGAGUUGA